AUGAAUCACAGUAGUAGAAGCGAUCCCUUAAUCAAGCUGCAGAAUAUGGCAAAGAAUGAAAGUCUAAGGAGACUCCACUCUAUGCAAAUGGUAAAGUCAUCCAUGGACUCCGCUUUGAGUAUGAGUCCAACCUCAAUGGGAGCAUCUCCAAACCAGGACUUUAGCAUCAAUCCUGCCGUGGAACAACUUACAGAUUGGAAGAAUCGCUUUAAUGAUAAGCUCCAACAGGUCCAAGAGGAAAUGAUUCUCUUUCUUAUUACCAAUAGAACCUCUUCUAAUGAGGAGAUGACAGCCAUGAUCAAAAACACCUUCUCCGACUUGAAAAUUUCAAUCUCAGAGCUACUAAGUACACUCACUCUUAUUUUGAAGAAGUUUUUGAAAAAGUCAAAGAAGCUUGUACAAACAGCUGAUGGGCAGUGGGAGGUCAUUGUCUUGGAUUUGAACAACCAAUUGGAACAUGUAUCCCGAGCUCGUGCAGUUGAGGAGGAGAAAAGAAAAGAGUUGGAAAAGGAAGUCAAGUUGUUGAGGCAAAAAGUAAAAUCCAUGAAAAUUGAAAUGACAAAACCAAAGGAUGAUCAGCAAUAUCAACAACUUGUAGAAAAUAUCAAAGCUAACCAAGGAACACCAAAUGUCAAUAAGACAAAAUCAUCUGUAACAACACCAAAACAAUCUUCAAGAACUCCUCGAUCGCCAAAUGCAAAGACAAGUCCUGCUACACCAAAAUCAAGCAAGCGUCAACCUGUCACACCAAAAUCUGAGGUAAAAACAGAAACAAAAGUUGAAACAGCCGAGCAGCCAAAACCUGAAGAACCUUCUGUAGUAGUCGAAACAAAGGAAGAGCCAAAAUCAUCUGCAGUGAUUGAAGAGCAAGCUCCAAGUAGCAACGAAGUUAAAGAGGACAUUUCUCAAGUCGCUACCGAAGAAAAAAGAGAACCAAUUCAGCCAAUUGAAACACCCAAGGCAGAAUCGGAGGAAGCUCAAGAAACUAAAAAGAAGAGUGAGGAAGAAAAUUCCGAUGAGGAGGAUGAAAAGGAGAGCGGCAGUAGACGUGACAGAAGGUCUGCAAGAAGAAAGAAGAAGGACGAGGAAAGUGAAGAGGAGGAAGAAGAGGAGAAGAGUUCCAGAAGAGAUAGACGUUCCCGAAGAAAGAAAGACCAAGAGGAGGAGGAUGAAGAGCAAGAAGAAAAAGAAGAAAGAUCAAGCAGAAGAUCUUCACGACGAGAAGGAAGAAAGAAAAAGGAUGACGAAGAGGAAGAGGAAGAAGAGGAAGAAAAAUCCGAAAGGAAGAGCUCAAGGCGAGACAGAAUGCGUCGCAAUAGAAGAGACGAUUAA